UCAGGGUUUGUCGGGAUUGUUCAGGUCUGAAUCACCUAAUGUGGACCAUGCAGAACUAACCCCACCUUUAAAUAAUACUGACACGCUUCAGAGGUGAAAGAACACACAGUAUAGAGAAAACAAAAAGGAAACGUUGUGAAAUGAAGACAAAUAUUGCUGAAAGUGUGCUGCUUCUGAAUCCUCUAGCAGUGUUGAUGCUGCAUCUGGUCUGCCCCACCAUAGCAGCUCCUGGGCAUCUUUAUACAAGCGAUGUUUGCGGACCAGAGACUGAAGAUCUCAAGAGCAACAUAAGGAAACUGAAGAAUAAAGUGUUGAUCAUGACUUGGCUGGUUGAACAUCUGCAGAAGCACAGAUACUUCAGACCACUUCAGCUUGCUGUAUCCGACAGUAAACCUCAGACUGACCCCUCCGUCGAUGUAAAGCACAACAGCAGCUUGGACAAAGCAAUGAUGAAACCACUUCCACCAGCUGGAAAUUUGAUAGUCUAUGACAAAGACUGCUCUGAAGUGUUUGACAGACUGAGAUCACCAAGCGGCUUUUACCGCAUCAGACCCAAAUUACACCAGGAGCCUUUUUUAGUCUACUGUGACAUGGCGGAUGGAGGAGGUUGGACGGUUUUUCAGAGGCGUCGACAUGGAAAAGUUGACUUUAACAGAGACUGGGUGGACUACAAAGAUGGUUUUGGAGACUUCAAGUUGUGGAAUGAUGAGUUUUGGUUGGGGAAUGAUCACAUGAAUUCUCUACUGUCAGAAGGCAAUAACCUGGUGAAGAUUGAUCUCAUGGACUGGCAAGGAAAGAGAAGUUAUGCAUUUUAUGAAAACUUUAGGAUCACAGAUGAAGCUGAUAAGUAUCGUCUCCAGUAUGGGCAGUACAGUGGGAAAGCUGGCGAUGCUCUGACUGGUGGUGCGGGGAUGGUGGAGCAGUGGUCUUCCUGCCUUAGUGGGAUGCAGUUCAGCACUGGAGAUCAGGAUAAUGACCGCUUCCUUCAGGGAAGCUGUGCCAAGGAGAAUCAGGCUGGUUGGUGGUUCAACAGGUGUCAUGCAGCCAACCUAAAUGGCAAGUUCUAUCACAGGGGGAAGUACAAGGCUGAGUAUGACAAUGGUGUGGUGUGGGGGACAUGGAAAGGCCUUUGGUAUUCUCUUAGACACACCACCAUGAAGGUGCGCCCUCUGUUUUAUUUGGACAUUGCAGGAAGUGGAGCAGGGGAUAUUUAAAAGUCAUAGGUGACAUAUUGAUCGAAGAGUAAAGAAAAUGGGAUGUUUUGCUUUUUCAUAUUUUAAUUGAUCCCUUUGCUUUCCCUCUUGAAAGUAAUAGCUAAUAUCAACAGAACAGUGUUUUAUAUACUUUUUUCCAGUAAACAUUUCUGUUAAUUUAAAAUUAUCUGAUAUUAAAACAAACAGUAUUUUAGCUACAUUGCUUCACCAGUGUUCCUAUUUAAAGUGACUUGCAAAAGUAUUCAUACUCCUUACUUUUUGUUUAUACAUUUUAUCACAUUACAACCACAUUCUUCAUAUAUUUCAUUUGGAUUAUAUGUGAUUCAAAGAACACAAAUUAGAGCAUAGUAAUGAAGUGAAAGAAAAGGAUAUGUGGUAUUCAAAAAUGUAUAAAUCUCACCCCAUCCCUAUGGUGAAACCUGGUGGUGAGGAUUCUUCAGCAGGAACAGUGAAGCUACUCAGAGUUGAUUGGAAGAUGGAUACCCGAAACGACUUGCUGCUUCAAUUGCAGCAAAAGGUGGUAGUAUUGAGGUCAGCGUUUCAUUGCAAAAAAAAGCUUGAAAACCAAACCAAAAUACUAUAAAGUUUGUGGUUUUAAUGUGAAAAAAAUGUAUACAUAAAAAAAAUAUAUAUGUAUAUAUUUAUAUAUAUAUAAACACAAUUCUUGUUUAAUACUAUAACCUGUGCACAUAUCAUUAGAACUGCCCAUUUCUACACAAAUUAGAAUCCCAAUUUUAAAGGUCCCCGAGGAGCAGAAAAUGCCAUAAUUCUUACUAUAAUAAACAUUGUGACUUCACAGCAUGACUAAAACUGUAGAUUUAAAGUUUACAUAAACCCUUUUUCUGUUGCAUUUUGAAUACUGUUGCUGAUCUAGCUUGUGUUUGACCUUUGCAGAAAAGUGAAAAGGCUCAUCAUACCUGGGAAAUGUUACAACCAAUCUAUAAAAAAAUAAAAUAAAAAAAAUGA